AGUUGCCGCAAGAUUUAACAGUCUCCUCAGUUGGAUCCAAAAAGUAUCAUGGAUCCGAACCAAGAAUCAGACAAGGGUAAUAACGAUUACCGUAGGCCAAGCAUUGAGUCAAUUCUUAUGUCUCCUAAGUUGCCAAAGGCAGUGCAACCAGUUUCUUCUGCACCUGAGGGGGAGACCAUCAGGCGGCCUCGUGGCAGACCAGCUGGGUCAAAAAAUAAGCCAAAACCACCCAUUAUUGUGACUAGAGACAGUGCUAAUGCACUAAGAGCUCAUGCAAUGGAGGUCAGUUCAGGCUGUGACGUUAGUGAGAGUUUACUUAACUUUGCCAGGAGGAAGCAGCGUGGAAUAUGUGUGCUGAGUGGGAGUGGCUGUGUGACUAAUGUAACCCUACGACAACCAGCGUCGUCUGGGGCCAUUGUGACCCUUCAUGGCCGGUUUGAGAUACUAUCAUUGCUUGGUUCAAUACUGCCUCCGCCUGCUCCACCUGGGAUUACGGGGCUGACUAUUUACUUAGCAGGAGCUCAAGGUCAGGUUGUGGGUGGUGGAGUGGUUGGUGCACUUAUUGCUUCAGGCCCUGUUGUUAUAAUGGCAGCAUCUUUCAUGAAUGCUACUUUUGAUCGUUUGCCAUUGGAUGAGGAUGAAAUUGCUGCAGCUGUGCAAAAUCAGCAUUACCAAAAUGGCCGUCACAACCACCACCACCAUCACCUGGAUAUUUCAGAUCUUUAUGGAGUGCCACAGAACUUACUUACCAAUGGUUCAGUUCCCCCAGAGAUAUACUCUUGGGCACCAGGACGAACCACCACAAAGUCCUAACCUAGUUUUUCUAUAUAUGUCAUAGCAGCUUGUUUCAGUGUUGUGCCAAUUUCACUAGCCUUUUGGUAAAACAUUAUCUCUGUAGCUUUUGUUUUUAUAAUCAUCAAGAUUUUCCGAAA